AUGGCCGCGCGCUUCCCCCUCCGCUGGCUUCAGGCCCUCUGUCCGAUCCGACUCCAGCCCGCCCGCCGUUCCUACCAUGUCACCGCCCCCCUCCGCUCCGCCGCCGACGCAGCACCCUCGACCCCCCCUUUCCUCGCGACCCUCAAGGCCGACCUCAAGACGGCCAUGCGCGCCAAAGACGCCCAGCGCCUCGCCGUCCUCCGCGCCAUCAUCACGACGACCAACAACGCCGCCAAGACCGACAGCCCCAUCGCCACCGACGCCCAGCUCAUCGCCCUGCUGCGCCGCAACAUGCGCGCCAACCUCGACGCCGCCGAGCAGGCCCGCGCCGCCCAGCGUGAGGACCUCGCGGAGAAGGAAAAUGCUCAGGCCAAGGUGCUGCAGGACUACAUCGAGAACAGCGGCGUCAAGCAGGUCACCGAGGCCGAGAUCGUCGAGCUCAUCAGCCGUACGAUCGACGAGGUCAAGGCUGCGAGCGCCGACAGCAAGUCUUCGCUGGGCGCCGUCAUGAAGGGUGUUCAGGGCGCGCUCAAGGGACGGGCUCUCGAGGUGGAUAUGGCGAGAGUCUCGGAACUGGUCAAGGAGGCCAUCAACAAGGCGUGA